GGCGCCGCGCCAUGUUGGGCCUUGCCGGCUUCCGUCGGCUGCGGGCGCCGGUGCGGGGCGGCGGGGCCAUGUCCCGCAAGGGAAAAGGAGCCGGGAAGGGGCCGGCGGAACCGGGCACCGCCGCGGGGCCGGUGGUGGCGGGGAGCGACGGCUGCGUGCGGGUGGCGGUUCGCGCCAAGCCCGGCUCCCGCUGCAGCGCUGUCACAGCUGUAAAAGAGGAGCGGUGGCGCCAGGGGGUGCAGCGAGCACGGGAUGUGACAGCCGAGUCAGUAGGGGUAGCUGUUGCUGCACCCCCGUCGGAUGGGGAGGCAAAUGCUGAGCUGUGUCGCUACCUCUCGAAGGUGCUGGAUGUGAAGAAGAGUGAAGUUGUUUUAGAGAAGGGUGGUAAAUCACGUGAAAAACUGGUGAAGAUUUUGGUACCGAUGACGCCAGAUGAGAUUUUAGAAAAACUCAAAAAAGAAGCUUCCAGUUGACCUAAAACACAGGCAGUGGGACAGUGCAUCUUGGUAAAUGGACUGAUGUAUUUCCUUAUUUAAACCUCAUUCUGUUGGGAUUAUGGGUAAAGACUAGGGAAAGAUACUCCUUUAUCCCCCUAUGCUUGUUAAUAUAGCUGCUGUAUAGCUGAAGGUUUUGUGUAGGUUUGGUUAGAAAAACUUGUCUUUACUGAGGCUCUGUAUCUGUUUCUGUCACUACAGACCUUUUUCCCUUCUGGAGAGUUUUCUGUUGGUAAGAUUUGUCCUCUUUCCUGGUCCCUUAACAAGUGGUUUAGGAAUGUUCUCUUCAAUAUGUAGCAGCAGGUCCUGGGUGCAGUUUUGCACUAUGUGCAUAUAUGUACAUCUCAAGUAAACCUGGGUGAAGCCAGUAUGCUGUUGUUGAUCACACAGGCAAGCAAAAACCUGGACAACUGAAAUAAAACAAGAAGUUUCUAGUAUGAAAAAAACUUGACCCAGAACCUAGUAAUUGUCUGCAUGGUGUCAGUUUGUAAUAGUCUCUAAUUUUAUCUCUCCUUUUCACAAAACUAUCGUGUAUCUUUGCCAAAUAUAUGUCAAGUGUAACGACUGUUUUUAAUAAAAGGAGCAAAAGCUA